AUGGACAAUGUAAGAAGUGUAAAAGAUGGUGGAUCACAUAGGAAGAGUGGUCGAAGUCCUACUAAAAGAUUUGAUUUUCCUUUUCAAUUACAUGAGAUGCUACAAGGAAACAAUAGAGAAAGGGUUCAGGAAAUUAUAGAAGUUGUGGACGAAACACCAAAAAAAGGAACUCAACAAGAAAGAGUUCAAAAGGUUGAUCACAAUUUGGACAAAGAGACUAUUGCAAAGAAAAUGGAGAUAGACAAACUCUCGCAACCAAAAGUAAUGAAAGAUCAUGCACAUGGUGACAAAGAAGUUGUACAAGAAACACCAAAGAAAAGAACUCAAGUGAAAGCUACAGUGAAUAGAGAAAGAAUUCAAAAGGUUGAUGGAAAAUUGGACAACCACAUUGCUAUGAAGAAAGCAGAGAGACCUAAGCUUUUGCAACCACAAGAUAAGGAAGUUUUUGCACAUGGAAACAAAGAAGUUUCACAAGGAAUGCUGAAAAAAAGAAUUCAUGAGAAUCUACUAGAGAACAAUAGAGAUAAAAUUCAAAAGGUGGAAAAACCAGUUGCAAGGAGAAUACUUAUUUCUUCCAAAAAUAAGAAACCAGAGAAAUCAACUCUAUCUUUUGACACAAUGAUGUCAAAAGCUGAAUGCUCUAAAAAGCUAAACAGGGUGCCAAAAUGCCCAUCAAUGUUGAUUGAUGAUUAUGUAGAUCUUCACAAGUCAAAGGAAAUGGAUGCAACCAAGUCAAACAAUGGAGAAAAACCGGGCAGCAGUGUUAACCGUAGCUCUAAUCAAAAUCAGCCAAAAAAAGGAACUCGACAAGAAAGUGUUCAAAAUCGGGCAGAAGUCAACGAAGAAGAUGCAAUCACAAAUAGAGUAGAAGAAAAAGAAACAUCCCAAAGAAAAACUCGUGGGAAAACUUUGUGCAAAAAGAUUCAUACAAGAACUUUGGAAGAGCGAGUAGAAGUGACCAUUAAUGAGGAUUUUCAGCCAAUUGGUCCUAGUGAAAAAGUAGUAUCUGACUUGAGCCUCUUCUUGGGAACAUUGGCUAGGAACUCAACAUUUUGUCCUCUACGUUACACUAAUUGGUCAGGAAUGCCAGAUGAUAAUAAAAACCGUUUCUGGAGAUAUACUAAUCGGAAGUUUAUCUUGCCGGUUGAAGCACGAGAUUGGAUUGAGACCACUGUUAGAGAGGCAUGGAGAAGAUAUAAACACAAAAUUAAGAAGAAUCAUUUUUUGAAGUAUUCCAACAUGACCGAGAGACUCACAAAUCAUCCGCCAAACGUGUCAAUAGCCCAGUUUAAGAGUCUUUGUGCUUAUUGGAGUAAGGAAACUAUACAAGCAAUCAGUGAAAAUAACACUAGAAAUAGAGCUCAACUAAAGUGGAUGCAUCGAAUGGGUCCCAAAAACUUUGCUUUGACUCGUGAAAAAGUGCGUGAAAAGGAAAAAAGAGAGUCCACUCAAUCAGAAAUGUUUGUUGAAACUCGAAAAGGAAAUAAAGGAAAGGAACUGGAUGUAGAAACUGGAAAAGUAAUUUCCCAACUUCAAGAAAUGGUUGAAAAGGAGGAAAGUGAUACAGAAGCUUUUAAAGUUGUUUUUGGAAAGGAGUGUCCAGGCAGGGUACGCUGUUAUGGGAGAAACAUAACUAAAACUUCCUUAAAUAGAAAGCAAUGUAUCAAUGAAGAUGUUGAAAAGGACGAUAUAAAUGAUGAAAUUCAAGAGGACAACAUAAAUGAUAAAAUUCAAGAGGACGACCUAAAUGAUAAAAUUCAAGAGGACGAUGUAGAUGACGAAUUUCAAGAGGACGACAUAGAUCUAGAUGAUGAAUUUUAA